CCGCGCAUAUUGCAAAUACGUAUCUCCAGCAGUCGCACGGCUCGAAUUGUCGCUAACACUCACACUAAGUCAACAGUCUCAGCAUGUGGUCCAAGAUUGCCAUUGCCGGCGCCCUGACCGUGAUGGGCGGCGCUCUCUACGUGAGCGUUGUGGAUAACUUUGCGUAUGUGGAUCGCUCCCUGGAGGUGGCCAUGCCCAAGGCGAAGCGUCAUGCGGAGCGGGAAUAGGAAUAGCAAUAGGAAUAGCAGUAGCAGCAGAAGGAUGAGCAGGAAGUGAAGUGAAGUGAAGUGGAGUGAAGUGGAGUGAAGUCAAGUGCUUGGCCAGUGGAUUCGCUUGCAACUAGUUCACUCUGUGCCGUUGAACUAGUUCGUUAAGUCAUCCAACAGCAAAUGCUGCCAGCGCCUGGCUUGUGUUCGUACAGUUCACAAGCGUGAACCAGCAGCAAAUGAACCAGUUCUUCGCAGUGCCAGGACGAACAAUAAAUAGUCACAAACCAGAAGCAGUUGGAGCUUUAAAUUAUAUAAAUAUAAAUAAAUAUAUGUUUUUUUUUUGUUUAGUGCUUAACUAUGGCUAAGUUCCUACAGUUUAAUCUAAUAUGCAUGUAUAUGUUGUAAAUAGUUAAUAAAAAAACAACUACACAAAGA